AUGAGGGAUGAGUUUGACGGAGGGAACAAAUUAAGGCAGGAAAGCGCAAAGAGUCUAGAGAUCACAUCCAUAUCUCGGAUGAGGAGGAGGAACGACCCUAUGGCCUCAAGAAGGAUGGCCGAUGAGCAAGCCAAUGCUUACUACAACAGUGGCCAUUCCUCUCAAGGAAGUCGGCGCCGCUCUAGAAGGCAUCGCGAUGAUCCAGACCGCUUGGUCGAAAAUCUUGGAGGAUACAAGAUCCGGAUUCCCCCUUUCCAUGGCAACAACAAUCCUGAUGAGUACAUGGACUGGGAGAAGAAGUGUGAGUUCAACUUCAACUUACACAACAUAUCCAACAUCAACAGAGUCAAACUGGCGGUCUCUGAGUUCAAUGACUAUGCCCUAAGGUGGUGGGAACAAGUCGUGACCGCAAGAGAGAUUGGUGGAGCUCUUGAGGUCUCUACCUGGGAAGAGAUGAAAAGGAUCAUGAGGCAGAGAGAAGCCACUAUGUCCGGUUCCUUGGAGGGCUCAACCGCGAGAUCCAAGAUUGUGGAGAUGCAAAACUGUGUGGGCUUAGAGUCUAUGCUCCACAAGGCCGUCCUUGCUGAGCAACAGCUCAAGAGAAAGACACCCUCACGCUAUGGAGCUGAUCAGCGCAGGCCGAUGUAUCCAAGAGACUCCAAACCGGCUUCACACCAAAGUCUGAGCCAAGAGGACCUCUUACAGUCAAGACAAGGACAAGAGCAAAACCAGUUCAACUCUGGCCCUAGAGCUCGCGAGCUUAAGUGCUUCAAGUGUCAAGGCUUUGGACACUAUGCCUAUGAAUGCCGCAACAAGAAGAUGAUGAUCAUAAGAGACAAUGGAGAAGUGGAGUCUGAAGAGGAGAUCAUUGUCUAUAAGCCAGAGCAAGAGCCAAGCCAGAAGAGUAUGAGGCCGUUCCUGUCAUGGGAAAGCUCUGGUGGCCAGAAGGAUCUUAAGCGCUCAAGUCCAAACCCCAAAGGAAGCCCAGAGAGAGAAUCUCUUCCAUUCACGCUGUCUUGUCCAGGAGAAGGUGUGCAGUCUCAUUAUUGA